CAAAUGUCACAGGUAAAUGUCAAUGUGACAUUGACAACUGACAACUGCUAAUUUUUUUUGCCAAAAUAAAUAAGAAAUACAAAAAAUAAUGGCAAAUUUACCAACUGGUUUGAUUUCUCAUACGAGGAAAGUUCAAUCUUUGUACAAAAAAGCUUUAAGAUCUUUGGAAAACUGGUACGAUAGAAGAGAAGUUUACAGGUAUUAUGCAGUUUUAAUGAGAAAAAGAUUUGAUGAUAAUGCAUGUAUUACUGAUAUGAGGGUAGCAAAGGAACUUAUCUCUAAAGGAGAACAAGAAUUGCGUAGUACAGCACACUGGCAUCCAAGAAAAUUCCCUGAUUCACCUGGUGGUGUUGCUUAUGGCAGAGAAGUUCCACUUCCGGAUUGGGUUCUUGAUUAUUGGCAUCCAUUAGAAAAAGCCCAGUAUCCCGAGUAUUUUGCCAGAAGAGAACAGAGAAAGAAGGAAUUUGUCAAGCUUUGGGAAAAACAGUACGGACCAUCUUCAGGGACACCUCAUUAAAUUUGUUGGUCUAAAUUAUUUGAUAGAGAAAAUAUAGUUCAUUUUUAAGUUUCA